GUCAAUCACACGCAAAUCACAAUAGUCAUUACGCACAAAAGUAAAAAAUUUAAAGUGUGAUGAUCGCAAAGUUUUAAAGAUGUUGUGGUAUCUGCCAUGGUCUGAAAGCAUCAAGAAGAGAGCAUGCAGAUAUUUACUGCAACGCUACUUGGGGAAUUUCCUUGAAGAAAAGCUCACUUUAGCCCAGCUGAGUGUCGAUCUUUACAAUGGGACUGGUACCGUUUCAGAUGUUAGCCUUGACUGCGAGGCACUCAAUGAACUUGGUGACAGUCAAAAUUGGCCCCUCGAGAUAGUUGAUGGGCACAUGAGAGAAAUAACAGUAACAGUCCCUUGGUCCACUAUACUUAAGGAUGAUUCCAUUGUGGAGAUCAAUGGCCUAUCCCUCACAGUGCAGCCUAAAGUGCGAGCUGAACCAGUUUCAUCAAUGUUGGAAUCCAUGUGGUCAUCUAUGUCAUCUUCGAUGCAGUUAGCAGCAGAAUGUCUACAAGAAGAAGCUGGGCCCCAGGAGUCUAAUCCAGUGGAAGGCAUCGAAAUGUUUGCCCAUGCUAUAGAUUCAAUAUUAAGCAGAGUGAAAGUUAAAUUUGUCAAUACGAAAAUAAGAAUAGAACAUGUUCCUAAGAAUGGAGAUAGGGGUAUAGCGUUGGAGAUUCAUAUUAAAAGCAUUGAUUAUUUUGACGAAGCCGGAUCUGAACCACUACCUGACACAACAGAUACUGAAAAGACAAAAACAUACAUAGUAGCGACUUACACAAACAAAAAAAUUAAAUUUAACGGCGUAACAUUCUACAUUGACGAGUUCCCAUCAAAAUUACGCACUAUGGCACCUAGUUUGAUAAUGGAGAAAUCUCAGGCUUCUUCCCAAGCUGAGAAGUCUGAGGCGGCAUCAGUUGAAACACCAGAUUCGAACUAUCAAAGUACAUUGUCAGAUGUUUUCUACGAGACCAGAAGUGUUAUAUCAACGUUAGAUUCCGAUCCUAUUAAAGAGAUUAUAGAAGAAAAAGUUCACAGUGAAAGUGCCAGAGAACCUAGUCCAGAUGAAAGGUCUUGUCAGCCGGAUCCUAUAUUAUUCGCAAAGUUAACUGGACAACAGGAGUUGGCAUUGAAAUUGAAGCAUUCUGAAGAAGUUGAAGGUCCGAAGGUUGAAGUGAGCAUUUUGUUGGGCUCAUUUUUGCUAUUCAUAACUCCGAGGCAAUUGCACACUCUGCUUGAAAUAGUUGAUGCGUUAAAUCAACCGCACUUAGAAGACACGAGCAAUAUACCAGCUAGGUCGAGUGGAUCUAACAUGCAAUGUAAGCCAAUGAAACAUGCAGACUUCCAGCUUAUAGAGGCACAGCUUCUGGGAAAUCUUGAGAAACAACAUUCCAAGCCUGCUGGGAAUUUCGGCUGGUCUGGACCUAGCUUUGAAGACAGUGACAUAGAAAAUGAGAAGUUCCUGCCAAUGACGUCGCAAAGCAAUCAAAUGGCGGACAGUUUUAGCUCGUCAGUCAGCUCUAUGAACACCAGUAUGACGUCUAGUGUUAACACAUCUACAGCGCAACCGAGGAUCAAGAGAAACAAGAAAGUUCCACACAUCGACGGAGACCCUACUGCUGAAGUAUCGCACAUAAGUUUACGCGUUGCUUCAUUUUCGUGUGUUCUACUUCAUAAGGACAUAUUAAUAUGUACGCCAAUGGCCACAGACUGCGUGUCGCCAUCGUCGGUGACCAAAAUGCAACAAAUGUCCACGGAGUUUUUUAACCACAUAGAAAUAUUCAGCAAAUUCGAUGACAAGAGAGACUUGAGGGGAAUCAACGAUAUUUUAGAUAAGGCUACGGAGAGAAAUCAUUUAAGACUACUAACAUCAGAAAUAAGCUUAGACGGUAGUGAGAAAGUGACUUCGCACGGCAGUCAAACUAUCUGUGAAGCAGCCAUAAAGACCCUUCUCGUUCGGGAGAGUCUGUACUACCAAGACGAACCGGACGAUGUUAAACCUCAGAGCUUUGAUUUGAUACGCUUUGAGAAGAAAGAAGACGUUGAGAACGCCAGCGCGCCUCCAAAAUCAAAUUUGAGACUCAAUUUUAAACAAACCUCAAGAUAUAUGCGUAUUUCUGGAGAAAAUAAAUUGGUGCAUCCCACGACAGAUAUUGUGUUAAAAUGCACUCCAUUCCACAUAGACUUAGAUCUCACAUUAAUGGACCGUAUGUCCGCGACGUUCUUCGGCGGAGUGAAAAAUGCCAACACACCUUUAACGCCUUCGUCUCCGCAGAACCAAAUGAACUUGUCUCUACAGUGUCCCAACCUUAAUGUUAUACUAAGAUUUCCAAUAGCAGACCUACGUCCUGGUAUCAAUCGGGAAAUCCGACGUGUUAGAGCAGAUUACCUCAGCUUUAAGUUCUGCAACGCCUCAAUAAGCAUGCAACAAGUUCAAAGCACACGACCUUUACCUACAACCGUCACUGUCAAGGCCAUUACCUUGGAUCUAUAUUACCAUGAAAACGAGCACCUACCGGCCACACACGUAGCUCAAACAAGUAUGGACGAUUCAUCGUUCGAAGAUAACGUUCUGAGGGGGAACGUUACCACGCCGUUACCUUUGAUUUCUAUAACAUUCCAACCCCGAGAUUCCAGCAGAGGUCCGUUCGAUUCUUUGCAUGACGACCUAAGUGUUGAGCCCAAAGCAAUGAACCCUAUGACAACGUCAAUGUAUAUUAUGAACAAUCUACGCAGCAACCUGCCCAGUCCCUUUAGCGGGAAGAAAAUGGCACAUCAAAGUACCAGCAAGCAUGAAAAUGAUCAGCAAGGGCAAGAAGAGGAUAUCAUAAUACCGGGGACAGAUGAGGAGAUGGCAGAAUUUACAAACAGUUCCGUAGAACAUUCAUCCAUACAUCUCGAUUUUAAUCUACCUAUAUUGAGUCUACAGCUUGAAUCAAAACAGCUGUACGAGAUAAUCUACAAUCGCAUCAAUUCCGAUCUGCUGCUAUGGGAGCCGCAGGUCGCAGAGCCGUUCGACAUCAGUCCGCAUAUUUGCGCACCCAUCUACCCCGCCUUUGGUCUUUGCAAAGGCAUGGGAUAUGAUUCGGACUCGGAAAGCACAUCGUCUGAGGAAGAAAAUCUUUACUACUCUACUUAUGAUAAUAAACUGAAGAAAGGUAUCGGAAAUACUAAACCGCUGCCAGAAAAUAAAGAGAGCGAAACACACAACUUCUGUCUCACGCUCAAAGUUGGUAAAGGACUGUUGACUAUUUACGCCCCUGUAAGGGAUAGCAACAAACGUGUAGUGCCUGGCCAAAUGGGAGAACUGGUUCUAGAGGCGUACAAGCUGUCAAUGUGCCACGUUAGUGGGCUAAAUGGACAAGCGAAAACCGCUCAGCUGUGUUUGAGAGGAGGAAAAACGACCUUAUACCACGAACCACUCCUGACAAUACCAUCUGACAAGCCACCACUAAGACUGUAUGGAACGUCUUUACCCUGCCACCUGAAAAGUACUAUCUACCCGUCAAACAAAGGAGUGGCCAUAAAAGAACGUUUGCAAACUAAAGACAUGUUCACCAUGGCUCUGAAGACGGAACCAGAUAAUGAAACGCCUAAUUUAAAGACAAUAUGCAUAGCUCUAGGCAUAGAGCAAGCGACACUCCGACACAGAGGUGACAAGGGCAUAGCUUGGCUCAGCCAAUUGAUGGACGUGUUAGAUGUCCUGGAUUACCCUGUACCGGGCUACUCGCCGUCUACAGUGCUUUCAGAAUUGCAUGUACAUGUAUGGGACUGCGCUGUGGAUUACAGGCCAUUAUACCUACCGAUACGGACAGUAGUAACUCUGGGCAACUUUAGUGUCUCCAGCAACUUAAUACCAGAAACGAACACGUCAUACCUCCGGUUCUUAGCGCAAGAGUGCACUCUGUUCCUCUCAUACUUAACCGGGUCCAAAGCAAAUGUACCGGUACCGCAAGAUGAUGACAAAUACCCCGAUAUAAGCAAAGAUUACGUGUGUGUUAUUGAUGUGGGACUGUUUGAGCUGUCUUUACGUAUGGAAGAUAAAAAUAGUGGCACAAACGACCAACCACAAGUGGACCUAACCGCGUCGAAUAACAUGGUGAAUAUGUACACAUGUUGGGACUCCGCUUCGGCUCUAUGUAGACUGGUCACUUACGUGGCCUCCGAUGGGGAUUCUCAAGUACCAUUCGACAGGUCACGUCAUACUAGUAUAUGUUCUGACCAGCCUUUGGAGCCUCUAGUAGGUCUAGAGGAACGACCAAUAGAAGAAAUCAGAGAACUAUCGCCGAGUGAAAUUCAACAAGUCAACGAUUUAAUGGCUGAAGCAAUGAAAGAAAGCCCAAAUAACACAACGGAAGAAGAAGAAUUAAAUAGCUCAACUGAGAAGGAAGGCGUUGAAGUAUUCUUCUUCCCAGACGAAUCUAACAUGAAACAAAAGCAACUUUCUUCGGAAACCAUAGACACAGAAGUUGAUCCUAAAUCCAUAGAGUAUGAGGAGUCACCUAAAUUGGAAGAAGCACUCGAAGCAACACCAACAAAUAUACAAGUCGCUAGGGAUCUUGGUGAUCCUACUUCAAUGCCUAAAUCUACUCCUAAAAAGUCUAAACGGAAAAAAAUAAAAUCAUCCGGAGAAAGUAGCAAUACCGACGACGAGUACUGUAUAGUAGAAGAACAGUCAUAUGGACAAGAUAACGAAAUGGAUGAGCCCAUAGUGACCUGGCUUGGCAAUGGGCCUACUUUUAUGGUCGAUAACCAUUUUACUGUACCAGCCGCGCGGUCUGAUGUAUUGAAGGCACCCAAAAGUUUUCCCCUGCCAGUACUCAGGUAUACACUAUGUGAAAUGAGUUUAACCUGGAAUAUGUUCGGAGGCACCGACUUUAGGCAGACGAGUGAAACAACAAGCAACAAAAAAACAGUGACAAUUGACGAAUCUCGACAACAAGGGUCACCUACAACUUCAAAACGUAGUAAAGAUUACGAGCCGUACGAAGCGAGCAGAGCCAUAACAGAAGCCUACAGACGCGGGGGCGUCAGUUGGUCCACGGGCGCUGAACGCGUCAGGCCUCAACAGAAAACGCAGAAGUGGGAAUUGAGGUUGCGGGGAGGGAAACACCGUGACCAUCACACCUGCGUCAAGUUGUGCCUCACUAAGAUAAAAUUCCAACACGAAGUGUAUCCACCUGGAGGCUCGCAGGCAUCCAGACAAACGCUAGCCAUCACCAAGGUCGAAGUCUUAGACAAAUUAGUUUGCAGCGACAUUAAUAAAUUGCUCAGUCAAUACAAACUCAAGGAUGAACCGGAACGGAAGAAUGCUCAUAUGCUAAUCGUGAAAGCAGUCCACCUUCGAGCCGACGCGGCGUUACCAGCUCAAGAGUGUUGUUUAAAAGUCUCCCUCCUACCGUUGCGAUUCAAUUUGGACCAGGAUACUCUAGCAUUCCUUGUUGGCUUCUUUUCUAAACUAGGAACUGAUGAGACUAGUGAAGAUGACACAAAAAGCGUAGGUGGGCUAUCAACAGAAUCAAGUGGUUCUCGACAAACAACACCCACGCAUAGACCGCCUGUCAUGAGUAUCGGAAGCCAUCUUCGUGAUCCUCCACCCACGCCUACCUCUCUAGGCGAUGGAGACUGUCUGUCCCUUAACGAUACAGUCCUCCGGGAUGAUGAACCGUUGAUGGAGACGUACGAAGCAGAACGCCUUGUGUCCGAAAAUCUGAUACAAUUAGAACAAACAUUAGAAGAAGACUUCCAACGUUUGGGCAUUAAUCAAGAAAAGCCCACAACUAAAGUGCCAGAUUCAGAACCUGUGGAUGAUUCCCCUAUAUAUUUCAGGCGCGUAGUGUUUUCGCCGGAAGUACCAAUCCGUUUGGACUAUGUGGGAAAACGAGUAGACCUUUCGGCGGGACCCGUAGCAGGCCUACUCAUGGGUCUUGGUCAACUCAACUGCUCUGAACUGACACUUAAAAGACUAGACUACAAACUGGGGCUCCUUGGCCUGGAGAAGUUAGUGCAAUGGGCACUACACGAGUGGCUAUCGGACAUAAAGCGACACCAGCUGCCAGGCCUUCUUAGUGGAAUUGGCCCUAUGCACUCGCUGUUACAAAUAAUAACCGGCAUCCGGGAUCUAGUUUGGUUGCCAGUGGAGCAAUGGCGACGCGACGGUAGAUUGGUUCACGGAUUAAGGAGGGGGGCUGCAUCCUUUACCGCACGUACUGCGGUCGCAGCUUUGGAUAUUACCGCACGUUUACUGCAUCUCAUUCAGGCCACUGCAGAGACGGCGUUCGACAUGUUGACCCCGAGUCCGUCACUACCGCUCACUGAAGCUCACGAGAGGAGGUCGCGCCGACGUCGUCGCGACCCCUCACGGCAACCCGCUGACAUACGGGAGGGAGUCGCGAGUGCCUACAACACUGUUAAAGAGGGAUUCGCGGAGACAGCCGCAACUAUGGCAGUGGCAGCCCGUAGAGGUCACGGCGCCGGGGUGUUGCGUCACUUGCCCGGAGCGGCCGUGACGCCACUCGCGCUAGCGGCUGCGGGCGCCGCGGACGUGCUCGGUGGCGUACGCGCACACCUCGCACCUCACCUGCACAGGGACCACGCGGACAAGUGGCGCCGACCCACUGAUUCCACUGAUUGAGUUCAUUUCAAUCUCCUUUAACAAAAAUAUACCAGAGUAAGGUCAGGGCGUACGUAACACAGAAAAAUAAAACAAAAAAACGAAAAUUUCUCUAUAAAUUUAAGCCUCUGUAUUUAAGAAUAUAUAACAUUGUAGAGAAUAAAGUAUAUAUAACAUUGCAGAGAGCAAGAUUUUUUUAUGUGAUAUAUUUUUGUAUAAAUCCGAUAGUAAUUUUUAAAAUUCAUAUCACUGUCAAUUUUGCUUGCAAAAGCUUGUUUGUACAUAAAAAGAUGGUGCUUUAUGAUCGGACUAGCAUUUUGAAGCAUUUAGUUGCUUAUUAUUAUUAUAUUAUUACAAAUAAUAAUUAGGUGUAAAUAUUUUUUUAAUAAUUGUAUUUCAUAAUUGAAUGAUUGUCGGGUGCCAUUUCAAAAACAAAAGUAAUAAUGUUAAAAAAUUCAAUUUUUUAUUACAUUUAAUGUAACUUAAAAAUAACAAAUUUCGGGUAUUUUGGAAAGUGUUUUCAUUGGGAUUCCCAUGUACCUAUGUAUGUUUCUUUUUUAUUUUUAUCAAGCUAACGAGAGUAAUUUUUAACGAGUGAUGUAUUAUAGGCUAGUGAAGUAAAACUAUGAAAGUUAAAGAUGACUAUCAAUAAAAAUUGUAUCUUUUUUUGUAACGAGACUACUUAUAUAAACCAAUAAAUCAAUAUUAUCUCAG